UCUCUCCUCACACAUAAUCUCUACACAGUACAAAAUAUUCUCUACACACAAGAAAGCUCUCAAAGUUUCAGAAUUUUCUUUUCUGAAUUACAAACUCAGUGAUCAAUGGCAGCAAAGGAAGGCAAAGCAAUAGGCAUAGACCUCGGCACGACCUACAGCUGCGUAGGCGUGUGGCAAAACGACCGCGUUGAGAUCAUCCCCAACGACCAAGGCAACCGAACCACACCCUCUUAUGUGGCUUUCACCGACACCGAGAGGCUCAUCGGAGACGCUGCAAAGAACCAAGUUGCUAUGAAUCCGCAGAACACAGUCUUCGAUGCCAAGCGUCUAAUUGGGCGCAGAUUCUCCGACUCGUCGGUUCAGAACGACAUGAAGCUGUGGCCGUUUAAGGUGGUGGCGGGCCCGGGUGACAAGCCCAUGAUCGUGGUCACGUACAAGGGUGAGGAGAAGAAGUUUUCUGCUGAAGAGAUAUCUUCCAUGGUGUUGAUCAAGAUGAGGGAAGUGGCAGAGGCGUUUCUUGGUCAUACCGUGAAGAACGCUGUUAUUACUGUCCCUGCUUAUUUCAACGACUCGCAAAGGCAAGCCACGAAAGAUGCAGGGGCCAUUUCAGGGUUGAAUGUGUUGAGAAUCAUCAACGAACCCACUGCCGCUGCUAUUGCCUACGGGUUGGACAAGAAGGCUUCAAGAAAAGGUGAACAGAACGUGCUUAUUUUCGACUUGGGUGGUGGAACCUUUGAUGUUUCCAUAUUGACCAUCGAGGAGGGGAUUUUCGAAGUGAAGGCCACCGCUGGUGAUACUCAUCUUGGAGGUGAAGAUUUCGAUAACAGGUUGGUGAAUCACUUUGUUACAGAGUUCAAAAGGAAGCACAAAAAGGAUAUUAGCGGGAAUGCUAGAGCGUUGAGGAGGUUGAGGACAGCCUGUGAGAGAGCCAAGAGGACGUUGUCUUCAACCGCGCAGACAACCAUUGAAAUCGAUUCUUUAUACGAAGGGAUUGAUUUCUAUGCAACGAUUACCAGAGCGAGGUUUGAGGAGAUGAACAUGGACUUGUUCAGGAAGUGCAUGGAGCCGGUGGAGAAGUGUCUGCGUGAUGCCAAGAUUGACAAGAGUCACGUUCAUGAAGUUGUUCUUGUUGGAGGGUCCACCAGGAUCCCGAAGGUUCAGCAACUGUUGCAGGAUUUCUUCAACGGGAAAGAGCUUUGCAAGAGCAUUAACCCCGACGAAGCUGUUGCUUAUGGUGCAGCUGUUCAGGCUGCGAUUUUGAGCGGUGAAGGGGACGAGAAGGUUCAGGAUUUGUUGCUGUUGGAUGUGACUCCACUCAGUCUUGGGCUUGAAACUGCUGGUGGUGUUAUGACAGUGUUGAUUCCGAGGAACACAACGAUUCCGACCAAGAAGGAGCAGAUUUUCUCGACUUAUUCCGAUAACCAACCCGGGGUUUUGAUCCAAGUGUUUGAAGGAGAGCGUGCUCGAACAAAGGACAACAAUCUUCUCGGGAAGUUUGAGCUCACUGGGAUCCCUCCUGCACCAAGAGGCGUUCCUCAGAUUAAUGUCUGCUUCGACAUUGAUGCUAAUGGGAUUUUGAAUGUCUCUGCGGAGGAUAAAACCGCGGGUGUGAAGAACAAGAUUACUAUAACAAACGACAAGGGUAGGUUGAGUAAGGAGGAGAUAGAGAAGAUGGUGAAGGAUGCAGAGAGGUACAAGGCAGAGGAUGAAGAGGUGAAGAAGAAGGUGGAGGCGAAAAACUCGCUCGAGAAUUAUGCUUACAACAUGAGGAACACGAUAAAGGAUGAGAAGAUAGGGGGGAAGUUGGGGGCGGAUGAUAAGCAGAAGAUUGAGAAGGCUGUGGAGGAUGCGAUUCAGUGGCUGGAGGGGAACCAGUUGGCGGAAGUGGACGAGCUUGAAGACAAGCUGAAGGAGUUGGAAGGAAUCUGCAACCCCAUCAUUGCCAAGAUGUAUCAGGGUGGUGCUGGUGGAGAUGUUCCUAUGGCUGAUGACAUGCCUGGUGGUGGGUCUGGUUCUGCUGCUGGACCUAAGAUUGAAGAAGUUGACUGAGACUGACUUCAAGCUUGUGUUCCAGAGUGAAUCAAGACCUAUAGGAUCUUUGUUGUUGUCUACUUGUUAUUUUGUUCUGAAAAUGUAAGCUUAGCGAUGUGAAGUUUCCCCAAGAUUGAAUAAAAGUUUGUUUAGUUCUUUCAUCAAUAAA